GGCUCUGUUGCAGCCGGGCUGCGUUAGGACCCAGCAGAUCCUCCAAGUCUGGAGGGCGGGCGCCUGCCGGAGGGGGCCCGGAGGGGUGUUCGUUUCGGGCAAAGGGGAGGCUCUGGCGGGCAGACUCUGGAGCGGGCGCCGAGUGACCCGGACAGCUGUCGUCUGACACCUGCACAGCCUGCUUCUCUGUGGCCAUGAGAGCUGCCUACAUCUUCCUGCUGUUCCUCCCUGCAGGCCUGCUGGCUCAGGGCCAGUAUGACCUGGACCCGCUGCCUCCCUUCCCGGACCACAUCCAGUACCCCCACUACGGCGACCAGAUAGACAGCUCCGAGUACUACGAUUAUCCAGAUUCCACUCUCAGGCCCUCUGAGGAGCAGUCCCAAUUCCAGUCCCAGCAGGAAGUCCAACAGGAAGUCUUCUCAGUCCUCACGCCAGUACCGGGAAUUUCAGAGACGGAGCCCACGGAGCCUGGACCUCUUGACUGCCGCGACGAGCAGUACCCGUGCACCCGGCUCUACUCCAUACACAAGCCCUGCAAACAGUGCCUCAACCAGAUCUGUUUCUACAGCCUCCGCCGAGUGUAUGUGGUCAACAAGGAGAUCUGUGUGCGCACCGUCUGCGCCCACGAGGAGCUCCUGCGAGCUGACCUCUGCCGGGACAAGUUCUCCAAAUGUGGUGUGAUGGCCAGCAGUGGCCUGUGCCAGUCGGUGGCAGCUUCCUGUGCCAGGAGCUGCGGAGGCUGCUAGUGCCGGCCGGAGCCGGCAGCCUGGAUCCGGGCCCUCUGUCCCUGCCUGACCUGGUGCUUUCUCCUCUAGCUCCAUGCUCCUUGUAUUCCGUCAGAAGGUAGUGGACUAUGGCCCCUGAGGGGUGCCUCAGCCCCUUCCCCCUCCAGCUGUGGCUGCCCUGGGGCACGGUGGGGGCUCGCUAACGCCCAGUCUUGCCCCCGGGUGGGGUCCGGAGCAUGCUUCUCGGUGGGACCUGGGCCCCUGAAGUGCUUUCCAGUCCCUUUGUGAAGGGAUCCCCAAUUCCCUCCCUGUGCGCCGCCCCGCCUCAGGUAACCGAUGUCUCUCACCCCAGCUGGUCUACUUGGAUGCCCCACAGUCCUCUGGGUGCAGGCCAACUUGAUUUUAUAUAAAAAUUAAAAACAAGUUUUUACAAAA